GGCCACACACUUGAACCGUCUCCCAAGUCGCGAACACGGGCACCGGUAGUCGCAGAGAUGGCUACCCUCGCGGAGCUCCGCCGCGGGUCCUGGUGGUGGCUCUCGGCCUUAUUGUUGUCCACGUUGUCGCUGCCGGUGGCCAAGGCGCUGGUAGAAGGUCUGUACUGCGGGACGAAGGUCUGCUAUGACGUGCUCGGGGUCAAACGGGAGGCCUCCAAAGCGGAGAUCGCUCGGGCGUACCGGCAGCUGGCCCGUCGCUACCACCCGGACCGGUUCAGACCUGGAGAUCCAGGGUCUGAGGGAGAAACUGUGGAAUCUACCCAGCAAAGGUUCCUGCUUGUUGCUACAGCGUACGAGACUUUGAAGGAUGAGGAUACUCGGAGGGACUACGACUACAUGCUGGACCACCCUGAAGAGUACUACCAGCACUACUACACCUACUACCGCCGACAACUCACCCCCAAAGUGGAUGCCAGGAUCGUAAUCCUCGUCACCAUAUGUGCCAUUUCUAUUUUCCAGUAUUACAGUUGGCGGAGCAGCUACAAUGAAGCUAUUAACUGCCUGGCGAACGUUCCCAAAUACCGCAUCCAGGCCACCCUGAUUGCCAAGGAGCAGGGCCUCCUGAACCGCACCAGGGAGAAGGGCAAGAACCGGCGCUCCAAAGAGGAGAUCCGAGAGCAGGAGGAGGAGGUGAUCCGAGACAUCAUCAAAACAAAGAUCGACAUCAAAGGUGGCUACCAGAAACCCAACCUGUCAGACAUCCUGCUGUGUCAGAUAGUAUUGUUCCCCUGCUACCUGAUAAACUACGUGGCGUGGUAUGUCUCCUGGGUUUACCACUUCACCAUCUGCAGGGAGGAGUAUGGGGACCAGGAGAAGCUUUACAUAAUCAGGAGGUACAUGAAGAUCUCCCAGUCUCAAUUUGACAGUUUGGAUGAAAUCACCAGGCAGUCCUUCCUGGAAAAACAGCUCUGGAUCAAAGAAAACUAUGAGCUGUACAGAGCAGAGCAGGAAGAGGAAAUGAAGGUGAAAAUGGCAAACGACCCAAAGAUGAAGCGGUACAGACGCUGGAGGAAGAACGAAGGGCCAGGCCGGCUGACCUUCAUCGACGACUGACAGCCACAAGUUGUGACGUGCACACGUGCCUCAGUGCCAACAUGCAUGGAUCACACACAAGUGACGUGUGGACAUGCGUACAGACGUACUGUUUAUAUGCAAAAGGACAACAAAGUGGAAUAAACUGCAAGCUACAGAGGAAAUUUUUACAUUUUCCUUCAAUACAAUUAAUUGAACUUCAUUGUUUAAGGAUUAUGUGGGACAUUUGUGGCAUGUUUUUCAUCCGGUACAAAAACAUGAGCUGAAAUAAAUGUCGAAAUAUAACAAAAGUGGCAUUUUCCAGGAAGUUGAAGUGGGACACAGCUGCCAUUGAACUGCACCCUUCUUACCCACAGUCCUUCAUUCUUUCAUGCCAGCUGAAUAACCGAACUGUUCAAGAGUUUCAUUUAAAAUGAACAAUGUUACAAGUUUGUCUUUGCAUGAGCAUUGUAUCAGUUUAUUUCACACAAGCCUAACACCAAAACAAACAGUUAAAUAGUGUUACAGCUUAGGCUGCCACAGAUAUUGUUUAACUGAUAAGCCACAAGUCAUCUCUGCACAUUUCUGAAAAUAGUGACUGGCAUUUCUCCUCACACUGUUUUUGCUGUCCCCUCAGAAGUGCAGAUGGCUAAAUAAAACUAUUUCUUUUUAACUUUGAACGAUAACGAGGCAGCAGAUCACAAUGUAAUCUAAUCAGCUUUUUAAUGAAUCCACAGUGUUUGUAUAAGAUACCACCACUUUUAUUGAAAGGAUUCAGAUUUAUAAACUGACACAUUUUGAGAUGUAUUUUGCAUUUUUCAAAUAAAUUUUUGACGUGA